UACACAGUUUGGACUGGGGAUUGGGUGAGUAAGCCCCGCCUCAUGAAAGCAUAACCAGUGAAAUCUGACUUUUGGUCAUGGAAAGGCAGCAGAAGAGCUCUGAAGUCUUUAUUCACUCAGUCUUAUUCACCGCGUUAUUGCAGGUCUUCAUCCAGCUGGCAACAACUAUGUUCCUUUGGCUGUCCAGUAAGAUCUUCUCCCACUCUGUGUGCCUCAUCAUUCUCAGCUGGCUAGGUUGCUCUGCAGAUGAGGUCAUAAAAAAUUACUACACCUCCACCUACGGGGAGCUUUGUUAUGACACCUGCCAAACGCAUGGAAACAGCUACUACUGGUGCCACACCAGAAAGGGCUGGGAUUACUGCUCUCCAUCAGAGAACAGAGAUUAUGAAGGCAAUGCUUGUCAAGAUGAUCAUCCUUGUGGAAAGCAUGGUGAAAAUUACUACUGGUGCAAUAACCAGGGCUGGUUUCCACGCCGGAGUUACUGUGGGCCAGUGGAACCCAAGACAAUCUUACAUAUAAGUUCAAAGUACCGGCGUUCGUGCAUUGAUGACUGUUCAUUUGAUGAGUCUUCUAAUUACUUCUGGUGCCACACUGAUGAAGGCUGGGAUUACUGCUCCCCAGUGCCUGAUGUCACGUACAAGAAUGUGCCCUGCCGGUCAGAUCACUUUUGUGGCGACCAUGGCUACAGUUAUAACUGGUGCUGGGUAACAGAAUCAGAGUGGGAUUACUGUGGGGUUAUUAAACCAGGUGAAUGUACUUACUACUCCACUCAACGUAAGAAAAGGCAACCAAAUAAUGCAGUGGUGUUCUGUACCCGGAAGGAUGGGGGAAAUCAGGUAGAAACCAUUUUCUACGCUGAGCCAGACCCUACAGCAUUGGCAGAUGGCAGCUCUUGGAGAAAUGAGAUAACAGACUUAAUUGCCCGCUGGGACAAUGGGUACUUGGGCGACCAGGCCAGAUCCCAGCUGAUCACCUCAAGCAAUCUCCGCAUUGAUCUACAGGGGCUGCUGUACAUAGGAGGUCAACGAUACUAUAACCUACAAAUACAGCUUAAUGUCCACCGCCGGCCUCGGCAGAGCACCACAGUGUCCCAGGUCCUCAUACCUAGGGACAGUACAGUUCCAGACAGAUAUGUCCGAUUCGCCUUUGUGGAGAGCUUCCGCCGUCGGGCCAGGGUGACCAUGAGAGUAAACCGAUGUCAAAACAAUCAGUAUUGCUCAAUGUAAAUGUAAUUAAGAUGCAUCACUAGAAGCACUAGAAAGAACAUAGCAAGUUUACUAAAUGUUAGCGAAAAAUCUUGAGUUUUCUGUCAGAGAUUAUAUGCUACACUGUAAAUAACUGCUGUACAUUUACAGUGGAAUCAUGACUGUAUUCCUAAAAUACAGUAGAUUGCUGUAAAAAAAAUCAGGUGCAUUUGGGGAGAAAGAGUUCAUGCUUCUUGCCAAGUCAGUUAAACUGUCAGAUUUCAUAGUAAUCAGCUGUGAUUUACAGUGUAUGCUGGGAAAGCGGGUGGUACUCUGCGCAGUCUUCAGCUGGCUUUCUCUUAAUAUUGUAGUGAUGGUGGCGGGGCUUCCCAUUAUUCCCUGUGAUUUUGUCAGUUUUUGUUAAUUCACUUCUCUUUCUUUUAUCCACAGUCCAUCUCACAGGGGUUUUUGAUUUAACAUGUUCUUCUGCAAAGAUACAUUUGAAUCAAUGUGACAUGUUUUGCUAUUUUAACCAUGAUGGUGUCCUGUGUUUCAGUUAACUAGUUAAAGUACUAAUAAAAUGAAUAGAUAUUUCACUAUUGACUUCUUUUGUUUUCUUAAUAUAUGGUUUUAGGUGCAGUAAUUGCUGUAAUGUGAUGCUGAGUUCAUGGUGUGAUUAAGAUGAAGCACCAGGUUUACCUGUAGACCUUGUUUAGGAAAGUGUUUUUCAUCUCAACUGUCCUGGAAAUGACAAAUGUUGUGAGAUGUUUUUCUUUACUUUUACUUAAAUAAAACAAAGAAUUUACUACAA